AUGAACACACUACUAUCACUUGCUUCAACACCAACUUUUCCAAAAAGGACUGCAGUAACAAUCGGCUCGCGCCCCAAGAACGGACCCAUCAAUGGACCCCCUGGGACUGGGAAAACCAGCCUUGCGCUUGCUUUGGCGGGUAAAUUCGGUCUGGCUACCGGUCCUUGGUCGCCACGGGACCACAGAAAUCGAUUCAAUGGCCUCUACCGUCCACAGGCCAGCAUGGCCACAAGUUGGCCGUCUUUAGGCCUACCGGGUCCAUGGAACGCGGUCCAUGGACCCAUCAGGCCUAUUGGCUCCUGCCUCCAGCAUGGCAACCUAGUCCCUGGCCUUUUGUCAACCUUCUUCUGCCACUGUGCCUCUGGCCUGAUUGGACUUCAGCGAAAAUGGGGAGGGCCACGGUUUCGGAUUGCAAAUCGUGGCCUGCGCGUGCAAGCGCCCGAAGCAAAACGACUGAUCGUUCCAAAUGACGUUCGACAGAAGUACACUUUUAAAAUGCGCCUUUUGGCUCAAUGA